AUGGAAACCGAGCCCGCCACGUUCACCUGCUUUCCGCCCACUCGGUAUCUCGAAACCGGGUCAAGAGAAGCAUCGCACACGGAGACGGCGCAAACCAUAUUUCAAGCAGCUGCCCUCCGUUCUCUCCAAUUUCAUGCCUUACUGUCGACUGGAGCCGGUGUCACGGACUCCUAUCGGCGCAGCAACUACCUAUGGCUAUGCGUAGUUUCGCCACGGAUAACGUCACAAUACUCCCUCAUCACCGUCUCGAUGGAGUCAAGUCGUCGGCGGACGUCUCCGCUUUGCGCAACGACGGCAAACGACAGCGCUAGUUGUCGCGGCCCGCCCUGGUCUCGAUCGGAGGGAACGCUGAUGGCGAUAUUCAAGGUGCAGACACGUCACAUUCGUCGGGGAGCGGCACCAUCGCUUGCGUACAAGGCGCUCCGCGCUGAGGACGUCGAGCUGUGGUUUCAGGCGUAG